AUGCCAGAAGAUAGCAGUCCCCGUUAUGAUCCCUCCAUCUACUCGACCCCCUUUUCUGCCCUCCCCAAUCCCAAACGAGUGUGGCUCGGCUCUCCAUCCUCAGAACUUGAGGGUAUUGGAAGACUCUCGCUGCUGACCGAAGGAGUGGUGGCCAAGGCCGCAGCAUCAGAGAUCAGGAAUGGCAGACGUGUUGGUCUAGGAUGGAAUAUGAAGAAGCUGGAGCAUUCGCAGUAUGGGAGACAGAGCUGUAGACAUAAGGUUAUUGCGAACGAGGGCCCUGAGGGGACAGGGUUAGGGACGUGUUUCGAUGAUGUUUAUGAGAUGAAUCCUCAACAGAGUAGUCAGUGGGAUGGAUUUCGACACUACUCCCAACCCCGGAAUCCAGCAGAUUCAUCUUCAUCUCCAGAUAGAGUCUUCUACGGCGGCACGACCAAGGAAGAGAUCCUGGAUCCUUCUAAUUACCGUAUCGGACUGCAGCAUUGGGCUCCCCAAGGGAUAGCAGGAAUACUCCUAGAUUACGCCCGCUGGGCUGCAUCCCAAACACCACCCAUCACCUACUCCACAUUCUCCACGCACGGCAUCACAUUUUCUGCCAUCCUAGCCAUGUGCAAGCACUACAAUGUGACGCCGCGAGAGGGCGAUAUCCUAUUCAUCCGCAUCGGCGUGAUGCCCGAAUGGGAGGCCUUCUCGGAGCAGCAGAAGAUCGAGUACGCAGCGCAGAAAGAGCCGUCGCAUGCUGGCGUCGAGGCUUCUAUCGAGCUGCUGCAGUGGCUCUGGGAUAGCAAAAUCGCGGCUGUAGCGGGGGAUGCGAUUUCGUGGGAGGUCUAUCCCACCCCAGGCGAAAUCUCAAUGCAUGAAUACCUUCUCGCUGGAUGGGGUAUGCCAAUCGGUGAGCUCUUCGACCUCGAAGCUCUAUCCAGAACAUGCCACGAGCUAAACCGCUACACCUUCUUUGUCACUUCCAUGCCCCUCAAUAUGCCCGGCGGCGUCAGCAGCCCGCCAAACGCCAUGGCUAUCUUCUAA